AUGUCGACUACAACUGCUAGCCAAGGUAAAACGAAAAGGAAAAAUGCUCCUGGAAAUCGGUCUGACAUUGGAUGGGGUCAUGGAGAGGAAGUUGAUUCUAAAAAGAAGACUGUAAGAUGCAAGUAUUGCUCUGUUGUUAGAGGAGGAGGGAUUUACAGACUGAAGCAUCAUUUGGCAGGCACUCGGUUUAAUUCGGAGCCUUGUUCGAAAGUACCCGAUGAUGUCCGAGCAAUGUUCCUGAAGCUGUUACAAUGUCAGGAAGAACAGAGUGAUGCAAAGAAGAGGAAGUUAGAACAGAUAGCAACUGAUUCUCAUGAAGUAAAUGCCAUAGAAGAGAAUGACCAAGAUCAUGUUGGAGAUCAGCUGGCAAACAAGAGUAAAACCCAGACAACUGUGAAUCAAUUCUACAAAAAACAAGAGAGGGAGGAAGUUUGUAUUCAGAUUUGUCGUUUCUUCUAUACGUCCGCAAUUUCAUUCAAUGCGGUCAAGAAUCCUGAAUUUACAAAGAUGGUUCAAAUGAUAGGCAAAUAUGGUAAAAAUCUGAAGCCUCCAUCAUAUCAUGAAAUACGAGUAAAAUAUCUCAAGCUAGAAGUUGAGAGAACAAUGAAUCUGGUUGUUGAAUUUAAACAAGAGUGGAAAAAGACAGGUUGUACAAUUAUGUCGGAUGGCUGGACCGACAGAAAGAGAAGAUCCAUUUGCAACUUUUUGGUGAACAGCCCGAAAGGUACUGUGUUUUUGGCAUCCGUUGAUACUUCUGAAAUUUCCAAAACAGCCAACAAGAUUUUUGAAAUGAUAGAUGAUAUUGUUGAGAUAGUAGGAGAGGACAAUGUUGUGCAGGUUGUGACCGACAAUGCGGCUAACUACAAGGCAGCGGGUGAACUUUUGGUGGAAAAGAGGAAAAAGUUAUUCUGGACACCAUGUGCUGCACAUUGCAUUGAUCUAAUUCUUGAAGCUUUCGAGAAAAAGAUGAAGAUGCACAAUGUAACUAUUGCAAAAGGUCGGAAAAUAUGCACAUAUAUUUAUUCGAGAACAGUACCACUCUCUUGGCUGAGGGAGUUCACUAAAGGAAGAGAGUUAGUUAGGCCAGCGAUCACAAGAUUUGCUACUGCAUAUUUGAUAUUGGGAUGUCUACAUGAACUGAAAGGUGCACCGGUCAACAUGUUUAGUUCAAACAAGUGGAGGGGUAGCAAAUUUUCUGCUACAAGAGAAGGCAAGGAAGUUCAGCAAAUUGUAUUGGAUAGCCGUGGGUUUUGGCCUAAUGUUGCCCUUUGUCUUAAGGCUGCGUUGCCACUUAUAAGAGUUCUUCGAUUGGUUGAUUCAGAUGAGAACCCCGCUAUGCCUUUUAUUUAUGAUGAGAUGAGCUCUGCAAAACAAAAGAUAAAGCUAAAUUUUGGCAAUGUGAAGAAGAGGUAUAAGCAAAUAUUCGAGAUUAUUGAUGAAAGAUGGGAAACACAGCUCCAUAGGCCUUUGCAUGCUGCUGCAUACUACCUAAAUCCACAUUGCCAUUACAGUGACAAUUUUAGGGCCGCGGAAGUGAAACGUGGCCUUUACACAUGUCUUGAGAAAAUGGUUCCUAAUCUAGCUGAAAGAGUGAAGAUAGACUUACAACUAGAUGCAUUUAAAAAUGGAUUAGGUCUUUUUGGAAUGGAUUCGGCUGUCAUGACUAGAACAAAGAAAUCUCCAGCCGAUUGGUGGGAUUCAUAUGGGGAUGAUGUUCCAGAUUCUUCAGGUUGCGAGCGGAAUUUUAGCGCCUUUGAGCAAGUACACUCUAAAAAAAGAAAUCGCUUGCAUCAAGAGAAGAUGAAUGAUCUAGUCUUUGUCAUGUACAAUCUAAAGUUGUUUGAUAGGCAAGCUAGAAGAAUAAGACAAGCAAAGGUGACCUAUGAUCUAGAAGAUGUAUCUUCUGAUGAUGAAUGGAUAACUGAAAAGGAGGAUCCUGUUCUGCCUCCACAAAAGAAUUGGUUGCGUGCUCUAGAUAGAAUUGCCCAUUGGGAAGCACAGAAAGAACAAGAGGCUGAUUCUGAAAUGAAAGUUGAGAAUAUGGUCAAUAAUUUAACUGAAGCAUGUGGUGAUGAUCUUGGAUUGGACCAAUAUCUUCAUGGGUAUGACUUUGAGGACAACAAUCAAGAAGUUGGUGAAGAUGGAAACAAUCAAGUACACUCUACAUCUGAGAGAGGCGCUACUAGUGCUGCACCAUCAAGAGACAACGAGGAUGAUCAUCUAAAUUUGCACGACUUGUACUAA